CACUAAACCAAUGACCACCGUUAAAUUCCUCUGUAGCUACGGCGGGAGAAUCAUCCCGCGUUAUCCCGACAGCAAGCUACGUUACCACGGUGGCCAUACACGUGUCCUCUCCGUACAACGCUCCAUAUCCUUUGCAGAGCUGGCGAUGAAACUCGGCGAGAUAUGCGGGGUGAAGGUGGUUAGUCUCCGGUGUCAGCUACCAACGGAUGAUCUCGACGCGCUUGUCACCGUAUCCUCCGACGAGGAUCUAGCCAACCUCAUGGAGGAAUAUGAUCUCGCUACUAAGACGCUUAAGAUCCGUGUUUUCCUUUCUCCUCAGCAACCAACUAAGACCUCCUCUUCUCCUAAGAUGUCGUCUUCUUCUUCGAACUCAACCUCUCGCUCUCGCUCUCCUUCGUCACCGUCGCCGUCAGCUGUGGACCAAGAAACAUGUCAGGUCUGUGUAGAGAGAUCGCAUCGCGACACAAACAAGGGAUGUUAUGUUCAAAGAAGUCGGAGUUAUGAUCAGUUCUAUCUUAUCCGACACUGAUACUGUGGAGUUAUUGUGUAUAACAACGUGAGUGUAUCAGUUUUCAUAUAAGCCAAAAACUGAGACCCUUGAGAGUUUAUGUUUAUGUAAUUGCGUUCUUGGUAACAUUGGAUCGAGCGGUGCAAGGCAAGAGGAAGAUUUUAUACUGCGGUUUGUAUAAGAAAAACGUUUAGUGUGAAAAAAAU